AUGCCGCCCGUGAAGGUGGCGAUCGUCCAGUUCGAGCCCGUGCUGGGCGACGUGCCCCGCAACAUGGCCCACGUCUCGGCGAUGCUCGCCAAGCUCUCGGCCGCUGACAGCAUCGACAUUCUCCAGCUCUGCGAGAUGCCAUUUACGGGCUACUGCUUCAAGGACCGCGCCGAGAUUGCGCCGUUCGCCGAGCGCCCGGACAACGGACCUACGUUUGCGUGGUGCCAGGCGCAGGCGCGCCGCCUGCGCUGCCUCGUGGCGUGCGGCUACGUCGAGCGCGGCGACGGCGACGCCUUGUACAACGCGAUGAUGGUGCUGAGCCCGGACGGCGAUCUGGUCUACAAUGCGCGCAAGACGUUCCUGUACGAGACCGACAAGACGUGGGCGUCGCCCAGUCCCAGCAGGUUUGGCUCGUGGUACUGCCCGUGGCUCCAGCGGCAGCUCUCGUUUGGUAUCUGCAUGGACAUCAAUCCGGAUGAUUUCAAGGCGCCGUGGGAAGCGUACGAGUUUGCGACGAGCAUCGUCGAGGCCAAGAGCUCGAUCGUUCUCUUCUCGAGUGCGUGGAACGACCAUAGCCCGCAUGAGACAAGCAACUCGGCCAUGCCAACCAUCCAGUAUUGGGCGAAUCGGCUUGUCCCCGUCAUUAAAGCGGCCCGCGCAGCCACGACAGACUGCUACUUUGUCUGCUCCAACCGAACCGGCAUCGAGCGCGGCACGCCCUUUGUCGGCGGCUCCUGCGUCUUGUCGCUGCGGGAGCCCUCGCUCUUGAUCAGUGCCGGGCGGUUUGACGAGGCCGUCUUGGUCGCUACCUUGCCGUAGAGUCCUA